AUUCACAAAAAGAUACCCCAAAAGCUCUAACCUUAGGUUUCAGUUCACUCAUUCAGAGUUCGAUCCUCCUCUCCUCUCGUCGACGCCGUCCCUUAAACCUCCGACGUAUCCUCGCCGCAAAUUUCAGCUUAGUCAGAUCUCUAGAUUCAGAGCUCACAGCAAUGGAGUACGUAAACCCAGAAGGUCUACGAUUAGAUGGUCGCCGAUUCAAUGAGAUGAGGCAAAUCGUAGCUGAGGUUGGAGUGGUUUCAAAGGCUGAUGGUUCUGCUGUUUUCGAGAUGGGUAAUACAAAAGUAAUUGCAGCUGUUUAUGGCCCUAGAGAGAUUCAAAACAAGAGCCAACAAAAGAAUGGUCAUGCAUUGGUGCUUUGUGAGUAUAGUAUGGCUCAUUUUAGUACUGGUGAUCGCAGAAGACAGAAAAACGACAGGCGAUCAACAGAGCUAUCUCUUGUCAUCCGUCAGACAAUGGAAGCUUGCAUAUUAACCGAACUCUUGCCUCACUCUCAGAUUGACAUUUUCCUUCAGGUUCUACAAGCUGAUGGAGGAACAAGAUCAGCUUGUAUCAAUGCUGCGACGUUAGCUCUUGCAGACGCUGGAAUUCCAAUGCGUGAUCUCGCUGUUUCCUGUAGUGCUGGAUACUUAAACAGUACUCCACUUCUUGAUCUCAACUAUGUGGAAGAUAGCGCUGGAGGAGCUGAUGUAACCGUCGGCAUUCUACCUAAACUAGACAAAGUGACACUCCUUCAGAUGGAUGCAAAGUUACCGAUGGAAACAUUUGAAACGGUCUUUGCCUUGGCUUCUGAAGGUUGCAAGGCGAUUGCAGAGAGAGUACGCGAGGUACUUCAAGAAAACACCAAACAGCUAGAGUAUCGCCGAGCUGCAUAAACUUCAGAGCUUUCUAGCUAUAGUUAAAAACGAUUAUGUACCAAGAUUUUUUUGUCAAUUGAGUUCGUUAACUUUUGCUGCUAGUAAUGCAAACUCAAAGUUAGUAUGUUUUGGUUAAUAUGUGAAUCUGAAAGCUUAAGACUGAACACCUAAUGUUUCAUCUAUU